GAAGCUUUUCUUGCUGGCCUACCGUUCACUUCCUGUGGCCUGGGGUUGGAGACCACAGUUCUAAGGAAUAUCUACCCUGCCCAGAUAUAUAUGAGCUUUUUUUUUUUAAAGCAGAGGAAUGACUAGGGUUUUUAUCAAGCUGCAGGGGACUAUAAAAUAAAGAUAGCUGGCAACUGUGGACUCCUCAGGCCUGGUGAAAGAGUGAGUUACUAUCAUCAGGAUUGAGUGGAUGGGACCCUGGCAGGGACCUAGAGGGUGGUGGUGCUGGAAGGUUCUGGGUAGUUGCACUUCUGAAUGCUGGCAUGACCCUGCCUCAGGUCAUCUCUCUAUCCAAAUAAGAACAAACGUAUCUUUUAUCAGCUAAGAAAAGUUAGUUAACCGUUUUUAUUAAAUACCAAUGUUUCAGAGCUUUGGCUAAUAUGUUGCAAUUUACAACCUUUCCAGUGUCUGCUGCACCAUUGCACUUAGAAGAAAUCUCCAUUUCUAACAGGAACUACAAGGCCCAGGUGAUGUGGCCCCUGCCUGCUUCUUCAGCCCCUUGAAGUCCUUCCCCUUACUCAUUUUGUUUUCACCUCAAUGUCUCCAGCCUUCCAUCCCAGUUCCUUGAAUAUAUCAAGCCUUCUUUGUCUCUGAGACUUAGCCCAAGUUGUUCUUCCCUCUGCCUGGAAGAUGUCUGGCUCUUUCUGGUUCUUUUCAGUUAAAAGUCUUUUCAUCAAAGAGGCCUUUUCUGACCCCUUAACUAAACUAGUGCUGCUCAGUUACUCUCAGUCAUAACACUUUAUUUCCUACAUAGUGCAUAUCAAAAUUUGUGAUUGUUUCAUUUGUUCAAUAUUUUAUCUCAUGGCAAAAUCACACACCAUCCUCCAAGGGGUGGGACUCUCAACGUGGAGGGGGCAGGAGACAGAGAACAGAGUGGCAAAAGCACAGUUAAGGCCAUAGGCCCGCUGCGCUGACCACAAUGAGUCGCUGUGGGCAGUUCAACGGCUAGGUCUGUCAACCCAGCAAGAAGGAACGAACCAUUCACGCUCAUGCUGAGAAUUCUGAUUUCAUCCUUAGUUAACUAGGAGCGACUCAACCCGAUGGUCAGAGCAGGAUAUACUAUUUCCAUCCCAAGAACCUUCCUAGGAACCCCAAGUCUUGUUCCCAUUUGUGGCGUUCGCUAAGCAACAACUAUGGGCGGGACUCUGAUGGGUGGAAAAAGUCUGAGCCCCGCCCCCGCGGGACUCCGGUAUUUCGGGACCUCCGACUUUAAGAUCUUCCCCCUCAGCUUUCUGAAAGGGCGGGGCAACGAGCUGAGCUGUCACCGCCUUCUCUCCACCCGGCUGGCUGUCACGUGUGUUCGGCUGUUCAAUAACAGCUCUUCUUCCGGGACUUCCUGGUCGCCGCGACCAAUCAAAGUGUUCUUCCUGUCCUUAACAUUGUCAGCCUGCUGCCAAUCGGCGGGUCUCUACCAACGCCCCUUAAAGGCGCCGCCACCGCCUCUGAAGCGCCCGGCGAACCAAUUCCUCGGUUCCGGCCCCCACCUGCAGUAUGGAGUCGCCUCGGGGGCGGCCCGGGCCCGCGGCCGACCUUCUGGCUCCAGCGGAACAGCAGGCCGCGAUCUUCGGCGGCGGGCCAGGCCGAACGCCCUCUGAGCCGCCCUCAGGCCUCCGAGUGUCCGGGAAGGAAGAGGCCGAGAACGUUGGGGGCGCGAGCCACCACCCCAGGGCGUCCCCGAAGACUUCGAGCUGCAGCGUUGUCCACCGGCCGGCCCAGGAGGCUUGGGAGGACGAGUCUGGGCCCCAAGGGACGCUGUCUGGGGCCGGGAGCCGCCGGGGGGCACCAGGUGCCGAGCACGACCCGCCCCUGUCCUCCAGGCACAAGGACCCUGAGCCGCCCGAGGACGAGCCUGCGUCCGAGAGGGUCUGCCGUCGAGGGAGCCCGGGAAGCGACGGGAUGAAUGUUGAGCAGCAGCAGGAAGAGGAAGACAACGACGAGGAGGCGGCGGCGGCGGGCAGGGCUGGCCGCUCGUUCUCUAGUCGCCUUCAGGACAGCCGCAGCCUGGACGGGCUGAGCGGGGCGUGUGGUGGCGCCGGGUCCGCAGGGAGUGCGGAGUCCGGAACCGGCGGCGGACGACGGGCCACCAUCUCCAGCCCCCUGGAGCUGGAGGGUACGGUGAGCCGCCACGGCGACCUCACCCACUUUGUCGCCAACAACCUACAACUCAAGAUUCGUCUGAGUGGCGUCCCUCCCCCCCUGCCCCCUGCCCCUACGCGGCCCUGCCCAGCGCCUGCAGCCACACCCACACCAGUCAUCCCGCCCAUCGACCCCGACGUGCUGCGGGACCUGGAGCGGCUGAGUCGGGAGCUGGGCGGCCGGGUGGACCGUCUGCUUCGCGGGUUGGGUGGCGCGGUGCAGGAGCUGACCGCGCUGAGCGUGGGCUGCAUUCAGACCUACCGCGACGCCGUGGACUCCUUAGGAGAAGCCGUGGACAUGAGCAUCAAGGGCAUGUACACCCUCCUGGCGCGCUGCGAGGAGCUGGAGCGGGCUCUGCAGCCGGUUCAGGGGCUGGCGCGCCAAGUCCGGGAUAUCCGACGCACCCUGGAGGUGUUGGAGGCCCUGUGCAAGUGACUAGGGGGCCAGGAGAUGCCGGGCUGGCCAGGGAGGGCAGGGUCCAGUAGGAUCCUAAGGAUUCUUCAAGGAGCCCUGGUGGGAACUGCUGGCUGAGGGAGGCCUAUGUGCUGGAGGCUCUUCCAGAUGCGUUGAGCUGGCCCGUGCCCUCUCUGGGCCUUAGGCCGGUGAAUAUGGGGAAGUUCUAAGGGCUGUCCUGGUGGGAAGGGAUGUUGCUCUGCUUCUAUUCAGUUGGCCAUCUGCAGCUAACCUGUUCUUUCCAACUAUCCUCUCUAACUAGAACACCAUCCCAGGGAACAGGGCUUUAGGCCUUGGCUUGAAGGUGAGGACAUGACUCCCAUAUGUGAUCAAGAGAAGGGAACAAAGAAGGCUCCAGCCCCCACUGUGGCCUUCCUGACUCCAAAGGCCACAUCUCAGGUGCCAGGGGCUGGGGACGCUUGAGUAGUCCUUGGCCAAAUACCAUGCAGGCAAGGAUGGACACCUAGAGAUGGAUAACUUCCUGCUUCUGCCCUCUGGCCUCUACCAUACCACUUUCCCAGCCAGAAGCGGGGUGGAGCUGGAAGGAAUGCAUUGCAUGGUGGAGGGGGUGAGGUGGGAGGUAUCUCAGUACUCUCAGGGUUCAGGUAGAAUUGUUGCUGGUUUUGAAGCCCACCUGUUGUGGAGUGUUCUAAUCAGUUUUGGCUUUCUGAGUUUUUGUGGAAUUAAAGUGCUGCUGCUGCUAAGGCUGAGGCUG